AUGUCCUUCAGCAAACACGUUUCUACCCGUCUUUGGCUAACAGUUCGACUGUGUCUUGAUGCGCGCGCCUCUUCUCGAAGCAACUCUUUCUCUACGUUCUGUCCUUGCACUUGUACCAAAAGCAUGUCUUUAAUCCGUGAGAGUGCGUUAGAACUGCGUGUUGGCAAGAAAUUUCGUCUAGGCCGUAAAAUUGGCAGUGGAUCCUUUGGUGAUAUUUACUUGGGUACAAAUAUGACAUCGGGAGAAGAAGUUGGGAUUAAACUUGAGUCUGUGAAGAGUAAACAUCCACAAUUACUCUAUGAGUCGAAGAUUUACAAGAUUCUAAGUGGUGGACUGGGUGUACCAUCUUUACGAUGGUUUGGUGUAGAAGGCGAGUACAAUGUGAUGGUGAUUGAUCUAUUGGGUCCAUCACUUGAGGACCUGUUUAAUUACUGUGGCCGUCGUUUUCAGCUUAAAACCGUACUGAUGAUUGCUGACCAGCUAUUGUGUCGCAUUGAGUACUGUCACGCCAAGAACUUUAUUCAUCGAGAUGUAAAACCAGAUAACUUUUUGAUUGGCUUGGGCAAACGUGCACAGAUUGUUCACGUCAUUGACUUUGGUCUGGCCAAGAAGUAUCGCGAUCCCAAGACACACCAACACAUUCCGUACCGUGAGAACAAGAAUCUUACGGGUACGGCUCGCUAUGCUUCCAUUAAUACCCACGUUGGUAUUGAGCAAAGUCGUCGUGAUGACCUUGAGUCCCUGGGCUAUGUGUACAUGUACUUCAUCCGCGGUUCGCUGCCAUGGCAGGGUCUUAAGGCCAACACGAAGAAACAGAAGUACGAAAAGAUUAUGGAGAAGAAGAUGAACACUCCUAUUGAGGUACUUUGCAAGGGCUAUCCGGCUGAGUUCCGUGCUUACUUCGAGUACUGCCGUGCUCUGCGCUUUGAUGACAAGCCUGAUUACGCGUACCUCAAGCGUCUAUUCAAAGAGCUCUUUUUUCGCAAGGGCUUUCAAUUUGAUGCCAUGUUCGACUGGACUGUUCUCAACCUGCGUAGCGGCCGUCGAGAGCGUGGCACAAGCGGUGAGGCCGAUCGUGGUGCUCGUGCGGACCCGCGCCAGGAGGCGGCCCGUGAUAACCGCCAGAUCGCUUCUCAGGGCCGUGUUUACGUCCGUGAUGAGACGAAAGAGGGCGAUGCUCAGCUGCAAUCGCAGCAGUCAUACCGUUCGGCCGGCUUUCGUGACGAGAGGCAAGCGGCUAUGGAUGCAGGCUACCCUGCUCCUCGUGUGGCCACUGGUACUAGCCGUGACGCUGGCGGUGAGGCGAAACCGGUUAGCCGACAGCGUUAUUGA